GUCGCGCACACACUACUUCCCUUUCCAUCCGAGCCCAAGAAGCAACCAUGGCGGCAUCGAAGGCCACCCUCGUCUGCUUCAUGAUCGUGGCGCUGGCGGCCGCGCUGCUGGCGGCGCCUGGCACGGUGGAGGCGGCGACGUGCAGCCCGACGCAGCUGACCCCAUGCGCGCCGGCGAUCAUCGGGAACGCGGCGCCCAGCGCGGCGUGCUGCGGGAAGCUGAAGGCGCACCCGGCGAGCUGCCUCUGCAAGUACAAGAAGGAUCCCAACCUGCAGCGCUACGUCAACUCCCCCAACGGCAAGAAGGUCUUCGCCGCAUGCAAGGCCCGCCUGCCAAGGUGCUGA